AUGGCUACGUUGCUUGCCUCGCGUCCCGAAAUUUCCCAGGAUCAGGGUGGAUACCCCGUCGCCGAAGACGCCUCGGAAUUCUAUCAUUACGAGGACACUGGCUGCGAAGCUGCCGAUUCCUGCCUCGACUGCCCGCUGCCCAAGUGCAGAUACGACGACCCAGUCUGGUACCAGGGCAUUCGUCGCUUGGCCAAGGACUUCAGGAUCGUGCACGCAAUGCAGCGAGAGUCGUUGAGCAUCGAAGAGACCGCAGAGCGGUUCAACAUCACUCACCGCACGGUGUUCCGCAUUCUGCAGCGGUGCCGGGAAGCGGCGAUGCUGGAUACUUCGGAUGGGGGACAGACGCUCGUCGCCGCUUAG